AUGUGGUUUCUGGGCGUCCCCUGGGCGCUGGCCCUGCUGGUCAGCGCGGCCCCCCCCGGCCCCUCGGCGGCCCCCCUGGACCCCGCGUCCAUCUUCUCGGACCUGUCCCCGGCGGAGCUCCGGGCCGUGCGGGCCUUCCUGAUGGAGCGGCCGGAGCUGGGCCUGGCCCCGAGCCGGGGGGGCCCCCUGGCCAAGAACUCGCUGUUCCUGGUGGAGCUGCUGCCGCCCCCCAAGCGCGCUGCCCUGCGCUUCCUGGCGCACGGGGGGCCGCGCCCGCGGCGCGAGGCUCGGGCCGUGGUGUUCUUCGGGGCGCAGGCGGAGCCCAACGUCACCGAGCUGGCCGUGGGGCCCCUGCCGCGGCCCGGCUCCUACCGCGCGCUGGGGCCCCGGAGGGGCCGCGCUGUGCCCUUCUGGGCGCGGCCCAUGACCCAGCGGGAGUACGAGCUGCUGCACGAGGCGCUCGCGGCCGCCCUGGAGCCGCUGGAGCCGCUGCUGCGCGAGGCCACCGGCUUCGGCUUCCGGAACUGCUCCGCGCGCUGCCUCACCUUCUCCGACGUGGCGCCGCGCGGGCUCGGCCCCGGCGAGCGCCGCACCUGGCUGGUGAUCCAGCGCUUCGUCGAGGGCUACUUCCUGCACCCCGUGGGGCUGGAGGUGCUGCUGGACCACCGGGACCCCGACCCGCGGCGCUGGGCCGUGCGGCGGCUCUGGUACGACGGGCGCUACUUCGGCUCCGCGCGGGAGCUGGCCGAGCUCCACGCGCGGGGGGCGCUGGCCCUGGCCCGCCUGCCCGAGCCCCCCGCCCGCCACCUCUUCUCCGGCUACGAGCCCCGCGGGCGCUUCUUCACCGGGACGCCCACCGAGGUGCACGGCGCCAAGGUGUGCGAGCCGCAGGGCCGGCGCUACCGCCUGCGCGGCAACCGGCUGGAGUACGGCGGCUGGAGCCUGGCCUUCCGCCUGCGCUCCUCCGCCGGCCUCCAGCUCUUCGACGUGCGCUUCGGCGGCGAGCGCGUGGCCUACGAGCUGAGCGUGCAGGAGGCCAUCGCCUUCUACGGCGGCCACUCGCCGGCGGCCAUGCAGACCAAGUACAUGGACGCCGGCUGGGCCAUGGGCGCCUCCGGCUUCGAGCUGGCGCGCGGCGUGGACUGCCCCGAGACCGCCACCUUCCUGGACGCCCACCACCUCCUGGACGCCGACGGCCCCGUGCGCUUCAGAAACGCCCUCUGCGUCUUCGAGCUGCCCACGGGGGUCCCCCUGCGCCGCCACUUCGACAACGACUUCCAGGGCGGCUUCCACUUCUACGCGGGGCUGGAGGGGCGGGCGCUGGUGCUCAGGACCACCUCCACCGUCUACAACUACGACUACAUCUGGGACUUCCUGCUCUACCCCAACGGCGUGCUGGAGGCCAAGGUCCACGCCACUGGCUACAUCCACGCCACCUUCUACACGCCCCAGGGCCGGCGCUACGGCAGCCGCGUGCACAGCCACGUCCUGGGCAACCUCCACACGCACCUCGUGCACUACAAGGUGGACCUGGAUGUCGCAGGCACCGGGAACAGCUUCGAGACGAUGGACAUUCGCUUCGAGAACAUCUCGAACCCCUGGAGCGCGGGGGCCCGCGUGGUGCAGCCGUGGCUGCACCGGGAGCCGCGGCGCCGGGAGCGCGAGGCCGCGCUGCCGCUGGGCCGGGCCCCGCCGCGGUACCUGCUCUUCACCAACCCGCGCCGGCGCAACCGCUGGGGCCACCGCCGCGCCUACCGCCUGCAGCUCAGCUCCCACGCCGGGCCCGUCCUGCCCCGCGGCUGGCGCGAGGAGCGCGGCGUCACCUGGGCCAGGUACCACCUGGCCGUGACGCGGCGUCACGAGAACGAGCCGAGCAGCAGCAGCAUCUACAGCCAGAACAACCCCUGGGACCCCCCGGUCACCUUCGAGAGCUUCAUCCGCGACAACGAGACCAUCGAGGACCAGGACCUGGUGGCCUGGGUGACCGUGGGCUUCCUGCACGUGCCCCACUCCGAGGACGUCCCCAACACGGCCACCCCCGGCAACGCCGUCGGCUUCUUCCUGCGCCCCUUCAACUUCUUCGACGAGGACCCGUCGGUGGCCUCACGAGCCCCCGUCAUCGUGCGCCCGCUGGACCCCCCGGCCUGCUCCCGCCUGCACAUCCAGCGCUGGACCCCCCCCAGCCCCGGCGCCUGCGUCCACCCCGAGCCCUUCACCUACAACGGCACCUACCGCCCGGUGUGACCCGGCACGGGGACACCCUGACACCGCCCUGGGACGGGCCACGGGCCAACACCCCUCCGAGCCCGGCACCGGCACCACGGGGACA